GCACUUGGACAUGCUUGGAGGGCGGUCCAGCGAUUUGGUGGUGAUGAGCACUCUGGAGGCGGAGGCUUUCGAAGACUGUACGCCGGCAACGCCGCGCUCGGGCGACUUCUCCGACUCGCCGAUGGACUCGACCGAGGACUCGUGGCGCAGGAUGAGCAGAGAUUCUGCGAGGCGCGCCUCGAUCGGGAGCCAGGGCGGCAUGUUUUCGGAGUUCAUCCGCGCCGAGCCCUCCUACGGCAAGACCACGUUCCGCGGGCAGCCGGUGCGGAUGGGCCUGUACCGUGCCCUCGAGAGCAACACCGUGAAGCUGCUCGUCGGCCUCGCCACAACAGCCAGCUUCUGGGGUGUCAUCGUGGACACCGACGCGCGCGCGGCGGGCGACCCGGUGCCGAAUUCGCUUGCGACCCUCGAGUACAUCCUCUUCUCGGUCUUCUUCCUGGAGCUCGCCGUCCGCUUCUACGUCGAGAGGCUGGGUGCGCUGAACAAUCUGUACACCAUCGCCGACAUCGUCGUGGUCUGCACGAGCGUCGCCGAGUACAUUCUCAUCUUCUGCGGAGUGGAGAUGGGGUUGUCGAAGGUGAGAGCGCUGAGGCUGGUGAGGAUGAUGAAGCUCGUCCGGGUUGUCUACAGGGUGCCGUUCUUCGUCGAGCUCCGGAAGCUGAUGUAUAUGAUCAGCUGCUGCAUGAAGACUCCCAGCACGCUGGGGAUCGGCGGGUUCUGGUCGUUCCUGGUGCUCGGCGUCGUCAUGACCGUGUGGUCCAUUGUGGCCGUGGAGCUCAUCCACCCGAGGGUCGUGGAGCUGUCGUUGGAGGGCAGAUGGUCUGACUGUGAGAGAUGUGCUCGAGCGUUCUCGUCCGUGUUCCACUCCAACGUCACCUUCUUUCAGACCAUCGUGGCUGGCGACAGCUGGGGUCUCAUGGCCAUUCCAGUCAUCGAGGCUCAUCCCUGGACCGCCGCUAUCUUCACUGGGGCGCUGCUGACCCUCGUGUUCGGCGUCCUCAACGUGAUCGUUGCUGUGGUCGUCGACGCCUUCGCAGAGGCGCGCGCCAAGGACAUGGACAAGGACGGCAACGGCUCCCUGGACAUCGAGGAACUGAAGGAUGGAGCCAAGAAGGUUGAGCAGUUCAGUGACUGGCUUCGUGUACUGGAUAUUGACGCCCGGGACCUAGAGGAUAUGUUCUCCAUGCUCGACAGAGACGGCUCCGGCGACAUCGACAAGGGUGAGUUCGUGGAGUGGAUGUACAGGAUGAAAAACACAGACUCCAAGACUGUCGCCCAAUUCGUCAAGCAGAAGCUGUGCAGCAUGGAGGAGAAGGUGCAGGCGCAAGAUGACGACCUCGAUUGGCGAUUAUCCGAGGUCUCGCAGCUGCUGGGACAGAGCGUGCUCCAGAGCGAGUCGCUGUACAGGGGGAUAGAGGAGAGCAUCGCCGAGGUCAGGAAGCAGAUGACGGAGUCCAUGGGCGCGGCGCUCUCCCUGUUGGAACCACGGCGGCGCAGUGCCGAGCCUUCAGUGCCGUACUCUCGGGCCCGAUCCUCCUUUCUCCUGCCUGGCAGCGGUGGUGAGCGGGCGCCCUUUUGCCACGACAGCCUGGCAGUACCCAGCCUCGAGGGCGACAGAGCACCCGGCAGCUCGGGCAUGGCUCCAGACGGUGACGAUAGAGAGCUCUGCCGAGCAGCAUCCUCUAUCGUCACCGUGUGCAGCAGCAUCCUCCACCGACGGGGGCAGCACAAUUGCCAGCAACUUCAGCUCGAUGACAGUGCACGCGCCCUCCAGCAGUCCACGGGGACCGUCGCGCGGCCGCAGCGGUCGCCACCAGCCGAGAAAGCUGUAGACGUCGACGCCAUGGCUCACAUUUCUUCGAGUCCCCAGUGCGUCCUCUAA